UUCCUCACACUCCUAUUGUUUUUCUUUCGAGAACGCAUCGAGUUCGAAUUUUCUUUUGGUCGCGGUAAAACACCAGAUUCCUCUGGCGGAUGGAAUCUGGGCCCUUGGGUUUUGCUUGGUGCAGUCGGGGUCGCCUCACUUAUAGUGUACAACACAUCCCGUUACGAGAAGAUAACAUGGAAAGAUUUUGUGGACAAUUUCCUUCAAAAGGGUAUUGUCCAUCAUUUGGAAGUUGUCAACAAGUCCUGGGUGCGAGUGUAUUUACAGCCCGGGACAGAGGCAACCCUUGCCACCAGCGGGGGAAUUGGCGGUGGCUCCCGGGUUGGUAGCUCAGAUUCCAUUUAUUGGUUUGAAAUUGGUGCCGUGGACACGUUCGAACGCAGUUUGCGUGAACUGGAAGCACAUUUAGGUGUGGACCCGAUGCAUCGAAUGCACGUCAACUAUGCUUCCCGAAUGCAGCUUUCCGAUUUUCUGUACAUCGGUUUCUAUUUGGCGCUGUUGGGCAUUGCCGUUUAUUCGUUCCGCUCGACAGCCGGUGGAAUGGUCCGCAAGUCAGACAAUUUCCACAGAAUUGUUCCAUCUGCUUUUUUUACGCAGUCGGGAAUGGGUUCCGGACUGUUCAACUUUACUCAGUCUCCCGUGCGUUUGAUCGAACGGGACAAGAUCGGAGUCCGAUUCGCCGAUGUGGCCGGAUGCGAAGAAGCCAAACUAGAAAUAAUCGAGUUUGUUAACUUUCUCCGGAACCCCGAACGCUACGAGGCGCUCGGUGCAAAAAUACCACGAGGUGCUGUACUGAAGGGUCCCCCGGGUACUGGCAAAACACUAUUAGCCAAGGCUACCGCUGGCGAGGCUAACGUCCCGUUUCUAUCCGUGUCCGGUAGUGAAUUUCUCGAAAUGUUUGUCGGUGUUGGACCGAAACGGGUACGUGACAUGUUCUCCACGGCUCGAUCGAAGGCCCCGUGCAUCCUGUUCAUUGAUGAGAUUGAUGCGAUUGGGGGCAAACGAUCCGGUGGAGCGUUUGGUCAUCAGGAACGUGAGAACACAUUGAAUCAACUUCUAGUCGAAAUGGACGGAUUUACUACUCAGGAAAACGUGGUCGUCCUAGCCGCUACCAAUCGGAUUGACAUUCUGGACCCGGCUUUGCUUCGUCCCGGACGAUUUGAUCGACAAAUCUACGUUUCACUUCCAGAUAUCAAGGGUCGUGCAUCCAUCUUCAAGGUUCACUUGAAACCAAUCAAAUUGGCGGAUGAUCCGCAACUGGUGGCUCGCAAAAUGGCCACACGUACCCCGGGCUUCUCGGGGGCGGAUAUUGCCAGUGUGUGCAACGAGGCUGCUCUGAUUGCUGCACGUGAAGAUGCAAACAGCGUGACUCUGGUCCACUUUGAUAAGGCUAUUGAUCGUGUUGUGGCCGGUUUGGAAAAGAAAAGUCAGGUUCUCCAACCGGAAGAGAAAAAGACAGUCGCCUAUCACGAGGCUGGACAUGCGGUUGUCGGUUGGUUUUUGGAACACUGCAACCCGUUGCUCAAAGUGUCCAUCAUUCCCAGAGGAAAAGCACUGGGUUACGCACAAUAUCAACCUCGUGACAUUUAUUUACACACAAAAGAUCAAAUGUUGGACGAAAUGUGUCUCGCUUUAGGUGGUCGAGCAAGUGAGGAAGUGUUCUUCAACAAAGUGGGCAGUGGAGCGGUCGAUGAUUUGCAACGUGUAACUCGUUCGGCCUAUGCACAAGUGGUACAGCUCGGAUUUAGCGCCAAAGUCGGUCUGAUCAGUUUCGACCUGCCGCAACAGGGUGACAUGGUCCUGACCAAACCGUAUUCCGAACAGACGGCACAAAUUAUUGAUCAGGAGGUUCGCGAACUGGUCCAGAAAGCGUAUGAACGCACAUUGGGCAUUGUGCGCGAGAAGAAAACACUAGUUGAACAAGUAAAUUCUGAUUGCAUGCGUAGAUAUCUCGAUGUUGUUUCUCAUACAUUUUCAGGUAUUUUUUCAAGUAAUCAAUAA